AUGUCUCCGGCGCGUCCGUGCAGGGGGCUGAGAGCCGCGGUGGCUGGCAGCUUGGGUUUGAGUGAGGGGCCGGCGGGCUCUGCCCGGAGCGGCCGCCUCCUCCGCCCGCCAGCCACCUUUGCAGUGGCGCCUGGGACUCGGCUGUUGCGACUCCCAGGGAGUGGGGCCGUGCGGGCUGCGAGCCCCGAGCGCGCCGGCUGGACCGAAGCUCUACGGGCCGCCGUGGCCGAGCUGCGCGCCGGCGCCGUGGUGGCCGUCCCCACUGACACGCUGUACGGCCUCGCUUGCUCGGCGAGUUGCUCGGCGGCACUGGGAGAUGUGUACCGCCUCAAGGGCCGUAGCGAGACUAAGCCACUGGCCGUGUGCUUGAGCCGCGUGGCCGACGUCUACAGGUACUGCCAUGUAAGAGUUCCCAAGGAGCUCCUCAAAGAUCUUUUGCCAGGACCAGUGACCCUGGUGAUGGAACGCACAGAGGAACUCAACAAGGACUUAAACCCCUUCACUUCUCUCAUAGGUAUCAGGAUUCCUGAUCAUGCCUUCAUGCAGGACUUGGCCCAGGUGUUUGGGGGACCUCUUGCACUCACCAGUGCCAACCUCAGCUCCCAGGCCAGUUCUCUGACUGUCACGGAGUUCCAAGACCUCUGGCCUCAGUUGUCCCUAGUCAUUGAUGGGGGGCCAAUUGGUGAUGGGCAGAGCCCUGAGUAUCGCCUUGGCUCUACUGUCAUUGACUUAUCUGUUCCUGGAAGGUUUGGCAUCAUUCGUCCAGGCUGUGCCCUGGAAAGUACUACAUCCAUUCUCCAACAGAAGUAUGGACUGCUCCCCUCGGAUGGACCCUGCUUGUGA